GUGUCUGCUGGAUCUUAGGGCCGCUCAUCAUCCGGGUUCGCUUUGCCCUAGAAACAAACGCCGUUCUGGUCUGACGACUUUUAUUCUUCAUUCCUCUGGUUUGACGUUUAACCGAACUGUUGGACGUGAUAUUACGGGAUGACCGGUUCCAUCCGCAGGAGUGCCUAGUCUAUCGUGCUCACGUCGCAUCAGCAAACUGUCAUUUCCCAUCCUAUCCGUGAUGUUUUGACAGAUCGAUGUGUCGUUUAAAUGUGCAACAGGCUCCCGCUAUAUAUUUAUGCGGAUUAUGGAGGCGACGGGGUAUCAGAGGAAAGAUGUGUCCUAGUGCUCUACAUCUUUUAGCUAGUGGUUACAGUAUAACCAUUUAUUAAUGCUGUUCACUAACGACUAUGCCACUUUGAAGGGUGAUAUUUGACCUGCACACAACUGAACAUCACUUCAGUCAUUUUUUUGUAGAGGUUUGUGACAGAAGAUAAGUGGAUUUUAAAUGGCAUCUCAAGUAACGGGGAGGAAAAGAAUCCCCAACCGGGAGAAACUAUCGGCGGAGGAUGAUGCUCUCAGUCAAAUAGCACGAGAGGCGGAGGCAAGAUUGGCAGCUAAACGGGCAGCCCGGGCAGAAGCUCGAGAAAUCCGUAUGAAGGAACUGGAGAGGCAACAGAAAGAGAUAUAUCAAGCGCAAAAGAAAUACUAUGGGCUGGACAGCAAAUGGGGCCAUAUUGAACAGUGGAUGGAGGACAGUGAGCGGUAUUCCCGCCACACUCGGAGACAUACCUCGAUAUCAGAUGAUGAAGAGCGGAUGUCUGUUGGCAGUCGGGGCAGUUUGAGGGGCAACCACACAGAUCUCUGCAGCAGCACCAGCAGUCUGACUUCAGCCAGACUACAAAAUGGACGGGGGUCUCUGCAUGAAGAGAGCUCAUACUCUGCCACUAGGCGUUUCAGUGGCUCCAGCGCUAGAGGCCCUUCAGACUACAAUGGCUUUCUGGGCUCCAGUUCUAGGGCCUCAUCUAGGGCAAGUUCGGCCCGUGCCAGCCCAGUGGUGGAAGAAAGGUCAGACUUUCUGGAAAAGGGGUCCAGAACAGCAUCCACCCUCUCUGCUGCAACUCUAGCCUCUCUGGGCGGAGGCUUAUCCAGAAGAGGGAGCUGUGAUACCUCCAUUUCAGCUGACACCGAGGCCUCCAUAAGGGAAAUGAAGGACUCGUUGGUAGAGGUGGAAGAGAAGUACCGUAAAGCCAUGGUGUCCAUCGCACAGCUGGACAAUGAGAAGACAAAUAUGAUGUAUCAGGUGGACACACUGAGAGACACUCUGUCGGAGCUGGAGGAACUUCUUUGUGAGACACAGAGAGAGCGUGAGGAGAAAACCAGGGAGUGUGAGCGAGAACGUCAUGCGCACAAUGUCUUGAAGUUCCAGUUUGAGGAGAUGAAGGAAACGCUGAAGCAGAGUGAAGAACUGCUGACGGAAGCCCAACAGUCUCGUGGGAAGCAUGCAGACUAUAUUAGAGAGAUCUCUGACCUCCAAGAAACAUUGGAAUGGAAAGAUAAAAAGAUCCUGGCUUUAGAGAGGCAGAAGGAAUAUUCAGACAUUUUCCAUGAUGAACGGGAGACACUCAGAGACGAGGUUUGCCGGCUUAGGGAUGCUCUCAAGAAAAAUGGCAUCGUGAUGGGAUCCGAGGUGACGGCCAAUGGGGAAGUAGCAGACGGGGCUAUUGAUAGGCAUGUUGAUGCUGAAACAGCCUCUCGAUUGAAUCAGGACUUGUCAAGUGGAGACAGCAUGUUAGAGAUCAGAUUGAGGAAGCUCAUGGAAGAAAGAGAGAGCUUGCUUGACCAGGUGCGGAAGCUUAAAGCUAAUGCAGAGCAGAAACAGAAAAAUGGCACAGAAGAAACGGGAAGCGCGGAUGAGGAUGACCUACAAAAUGGUCUGGACCCUCAUAUCCUAGAUCUGCAGAGAGAUGCUAACAGGCAGAUCAGUGACCUGAAAUUCAAGCUAGUCAAAUCUGAACAAGAAGUCACAGCACUUGAACAAAAUAUCAUUCGGCUGGAGGGUCAGGUGGGCCGAUAUAAGACAUCAGCUGAGGCUGCGGAGAAGGUGGAAGAUGAACUAAAAGUGGAGAAGCGGAAGUUACAGAGGGAGUUGAGGUCUGCACUUGACCGAAUCGAUGAGCUGGAAGCAAGCAACAGCCACCUCACGAAGAGACUAGAGAAGAUGAAGGCCAAUCGGAGUGCACUUCUGGCACAGCAGUGAUGCCCGCCUGUGCUCACUCAACAGUCAGGGCAUGAUUCCCAUCGCUCACUGGCACCAGUGAUCCGCCACGAAUAUACAACUAAAACUUCAAACAAAAUCAGAUUAGCUCAACCACACAGCAAUCAUGCUAAUUCCGACUUCAAAAAAUAUAUAUAGAUGACUGACAGACAUAAACAUCAACCUAGUUAGUUUCCAAGCGGAGGACAUAUCAAACAAACAAUCCUGAGUCUCAUUAAAGUGACCUUUGGUUUGGAUUUGCAGAAUUCAGGCCCUCAAUGAGCUCUCAGCACUUGUAAUGGAUUCUGUGUCUACAAACAAACUCAGAGCACAGCUAAGGUGUGUGGACAUGGACUUACAUUAGCAGAUCAUGCACUUUACCUCUGCAUCAGUAUUCAAAUUUAUGUUAUUCGGAAAUGGUAGAAGGAACUGUUUUGCAUAAUGAGGUAAUGGAAUAUGUGUAGUCUGAAGAUGAAAAGAUUGAAUGUAUGCUCUCACCUAGAGCCAGCUGUGUGCUUUUCUGCACUUUUUGUGCUGACAGGGAGUGUCGGUCAUACUAUCAACAGCAGGACAUGUGUGAUAUCAGUUUUUGAUUGAGGAAUUGUUGUAAUGUCCAUUUUGUUAUACGCCAAAUCUUGUGUGUUUGUGCUAUUCCGUACAUAAAUGUGUUGGACUAGCACCUCAUGAUGUUAGCCAUUUUUGUUUACAAGCUAAUGAUGAGUAAAGAUCCUGAGAAACCUGUUAGGACGUGACUACAAACAAUGCAAUAACAAUGUCAAUAGAGCCCAAUGGAUUAUAUUUGUCAAAAGUAGAGCUUGAAUACGUCCUGUUACACAUGUUCUCAGCUUCUGCAGUUAUAUUUUGCUUUAGGGGUGCUCACACAACAGUUUCAUCUAAAAAUAGAAUCGAUUUUAUACAUUUUUGGUGUUUAUUUACAUUCCAACUCUAUUUUUAAGACCUGAAAAGUUUUGAAAUACAAGUUUAGCUGCCUUCUUGUCAUCUUUUAAUUGCUGUAAUUUGUAUGUGACAGCAUGCCUUGUUCUGCUAUGAGCUGUUUAUGUCUUUUGACUAGGGCUGUGUCUGAAAGCUUAGGCAGCUGACUUAUUACCUCGCUGCUAGGCAUAGGCUUGUCAUGAUAAAUAAUAAUUCUUGUACGAUAUCUCACAGAAAUGAUUGUGAUUAGCAAUAUUAUUGUCAUUAAAAAUCAAUUUAUGUCCUUGUAUAAUGAUAAUACAACAGAAAAAUACAACCCAGGCUUAUUUUGAAAGAGUACCACUACAUACAUUUCUGGAGAGCGUCAAAUUUGUCCCAGGAGCUAUGUUUUUUUGCAGUUUUUGUUUUCACAAUCCACUAGAGGCUGCUAUGUACACUUUUUGAGAUCUCAAAUUUCUCUCGAGAGUGCCAUUCGCACCUGCUGUUCUUGCGCAAAUCCACCAGAGGCAGCUGUCGACUGACUGACUGUCUGGCUGACCCACCCUCCUCCUUCCCAAAACUGUGUUUUCAAAAGCACAGAUUGACCCGCCCACCCACUUUCCUAAACCCAACCAUUAGUUUUAAAAAGCAAUCAAGAAAAAGAAAAGCCCUCGCAUGAUUUUUUUCAGAUUUUACCACAUUCUCACCCUGUUAUUUACUUGAUUAUUACAUUUUUUGGCAUUCUGUUUUUGUCUUACCCACUUCCUGGAACCGUUCUUUGCCAGACUUGAACCCUGUUGUCAUGGUCAACUCCUCUCUGCGUCUCAAGUCCUCCGACGGACAUAGCAAGCUACUGGGCAAACUGCUAACAGCGGGAAAGCUGUCCAUAUGGCGUCAUACCGCCUUGUAUUGUUAGGGUCAGACCCAGUCCUUAUGUUCAACUCUGCUCUGCGACUAAAUUCUAAAUGCGUCAAGUUACUGGGCAAACAGGUAACGGCGGAAAAGCUGUCCACACGGAGGUAAGCGGUCAGCUGGUAAGCGUGGAAAGAAACGGCAUCAUAUCACCCCCUAGCAUUUGUUUUAAAGACGAAAUGCAGUCAUACGUACUUCUGGCUACAUAAUUCGCAAUCUCCAGAAAUGUAUAUAGGGCUACGUUUUCAGAAUGCGCCUAUGUUGGAAUAAUAAUGCAAAUUAGGACAGACUUCUCAUCGUUAAGGUUAUUAAGGUGUCUUGAUAUAAAAAUCGACACUGGUGAUGGUUGCUGUGAAAUAGCUUUAACGUUAUUUGUGAAAGUGCGCCAUUUUGCAUUGUCACUAUGAUAUUGAAUUGCAGCUUUGAAACAGAGCUCAUGGACAGCUUCUUCCAAACCGUCAGUAGUUAGCAGGAAAAUUCACCUUUUCUUCAGCUGUUAGUGAGCAUUGUUUCUAAAAGGGUUGCCACUCACUGACUCCCCCAACAGAGAUUUUUUAUAUAAGGCAAAAUUGAUUGAGGUUAUGUCCAUGUAUUCCAUGAUGAGCCAAUAUGUUGAUUAUUAUGACAGGCCUAAUGCCUCAUUCACACUAGCAACGACUUUGUAGCUGACUGUCGCUCUGGGUGGCAAACUGCUUCAAACGCAGGUCUGUGUAGGUUUAUACAGCAUGAAUCCAACUGGCCUCUGAGCAAGCUGAGAGAGGAUUACGUGAGCUCUACUGCUGCUCCUAUUGGCUGCCGCUCAAGAAAUUUGCUCUUUAUUUGCAUAAAGUUAAAGGAUUCUCAACUUUGUCGCGUUGCUCGACAUGCCCACACGAUCGCCAAAGGUCGCUGUCACUGGCGUAGAUGGAGGUCGUCGCAAGUCGCUCAAGCCGCUUUUCAACUGCACACAACAUUAGACACAACUGUUGGAAUACUCCCCCUUAUGGCAGUCACACAGAAUUUUCAGUUUUAUGGUGCACCAUGGGAGAGAAGCUGAUUUUUGCAGUGUCCGGGAAAAGGAGUGCAAAAAGAGCCUUUAUUCUCCGUGCAUUCACCAUGGUUGAAUGAAUGAAUAAAUGAAUACUAGAAACUCAUAGACCGCAAAAGAUUUUGAAGGGAAUGUGGAGAGUUUUUUUUUUUAUUACUCAUUUAUGAAUAGAAAUGCUUUUUUUAAUGUAGACUUUUUUCUGUUUCCAAAAAUAACUAAAAAAAUGACUAUUUCUUAUCUCGUGCGCACAGAUCUGACACAGAUUGGACAACACUGGAAUACAGCACAUUCGGUCGGCAGGUCACAUAUGGUCUAGUUGCAGGAGUUCAAAUAUUUCAACAUAUCCACAGCUCAAAUCAGAUCUGAAUUUUCCACAUACGGAGAUGAUCGGAACUCCACACUACUCUCCAUUGAAAAUGAACGACUUCCGGUCUGUCGCUUGUUUUGUGCAGUGAAAAGGCGGCUUCACUCUCUGUUGAAAUGAACGGUCGUGUGACAAUUUGAGGCUGCGAGUUGCUUGUAGUGUGAAUGAGGCUCAAAAUAGGUUCCCGUUUGUGUUAGUAGCGGUUAUAAAAUAAAAUAAAUGGGGCAUAAAGUGAGCCACAUAUUAUUUAUCAUCUGUUAAUUUUUAUCGUAAAAUUGAUUUCAGUCAGAUAUCUGAGACAAUUUAACCCUGUACAACACAAUAGAGAAAGCAUUGAGGGACUAUUUGCUUGCCGAUUUUUUUAGCUCAAGUGUCAGGAAUGGAACGCAAUGGGCUAUAUGCACAGCUAGUGUUUUUCAGCCAAUGAUGAACUUCCAGUGAAUGCUUUAUGUGACUAUUUUCAAUUUCAUAUGGUUCCUUUUACAGCAUCAAUGUUGUAUUGUAAUUACAAUAUAUUCAGUUAAAUAGACUUAAGCAUCCAUUUCAUUGUUAAAGCGUAAAAAAAGAUGAAAAAACGUUUAAAUGCAGUCGCAGGUUAGCACAGUAAUUCUAUUGAAAAUACUGGGGUGAAAUUCAUUUCCAAAUUUUAAAGACAUGGCAUGGAAAAAUAUAAUUUAAUGCAGUGCUUCUUGUUUUGGUCUUUAUAUCGUAUAUCAGCCAGGCAGUGAAGAUCGCUGUUUUUUAAAGAAAUCAGAUCUUAAACACAGUUAUUUUUGUCUGGGAUGACAAUUAGCUGGAAACUGACUGAAAUUAAAAGUCUGUGUGCAUAUACCGCAUUCAAUUAAAUUUUGAAUGCGGUGAAGUACACAUAUAUAUGCAGCCUUCAAAAUUCUAUCAGAAGAACACCUCCUAAGACAGGAAGUGAUGCAGAAUUUAAAUUCAGUUGUGCAUUGAUGUUGCCUUGGAAUUGUGUAUUUCUAUAACAUAAUAUGUGGUUCUCAAUCUCAAUGGUUCUCAGAAAAUCUCAGUUUACAAGCUGUGGGUGGUCGCGUGCACUUUAAAAUAGUUGGAAUUUUGUAAUUAUGGCUAUUAUGAUGUGACAUGAAUGUAGCUUUUAAACUAUUGUUUACUACCAUUAUCUUCAUCAUGUAAACUACAGAAAUGCAAAUCUGGGUAAAUGGAAAUGUCAUGCGCAUAGUGAUAGUGUCAGUUAUUACCCAGUUUAUUACCAAGUAAUGACAAGUACAUAUUAUAUACAUGUAAAACAGGUCUGUAAUAUAUGAGCAAUAUCACAUGUGUAGCAGCGCGAUAAGGCUGUAUAUCAGCACUGGUGGGAGGCGUACUUUGGCAUGAGGCUGCAGGCUGAGUGCCUUAUUGUCCCACCAGUGACAAUAUACAGCCAUGUCGCAUUGCUACGAGUGUGAUAUUGCAUUUGUACAACAGUUUGAUGGCAUAAUCAUGUAUUUAAAAAAAAGAAAAUCAAACACAAAGAGUCUAAAAAUCCUUUUGUAUGAGGAACUUCUUUCUUCUGCCACUCAUUCACGUCUGCAGCUGACAUCAGAACAGCAGAAACUAUUGCCAGUUCACAAAUGUCACUUUAGAGCUAGUAUUUAAAUGAUUCUCUAGCGUAAUGUCUAAAGUGAUAACAAAACAGGUUAUUUUGCUGUCAUUUUAAGAUUGUAAGGCUGAACAGCAUGAAAUGCCAUCAGUCUUGAGAUAUUUCCCAGUAUUUCUGUUGCAAUCAGGAUAUCACAGUAAUCAACCUCGAAAAAGCCAAAGCAAAGCAAACACUACCAGACUAUGGUAUAAAUACAGCACUACAACAUACAAAAGACAGAGAUCGACUUAGAAAGUCACUGUUAUAUAAUGUUUUGAUCAGGUGUAGUUUGAAAUUACGCUGAGUUUUUCUCCUCUAAGGGCUUAUCAUGCGGUCUCUGUCGCCAUCUUGUGGUGGAACGUCAACCGUCUUUGCUCUGCUCAGUAUGACAGGCUGAUGGAUGCAGACACGCUGAAAUCUCUGAAAUUAUAAAUAUUUCAAAUACAGGCACUAUCCUUGUGAAUGAACUGCAUAGUUCCAAUCUAAACAACUAUAUUUUAUAUAAUAUAUAUCUAAAAAAGCCUCAAAUGUACAUUAUGUUGUCCAACAGCUGCCAUAUUUGUCAAACUGUAGUGAGUUUAUUGAUCUGCUGUCACUAAAUGGGCGAAGUAAUACAGAAGGGUGAGGAGGCUGUAUGAGUUCUGAUAUUGCAGAAUAUCGCUUGGCUAUCAACCAAUCAGAUUCGAGAACCAGACAGAACUAUUGUAUAAAUAUAAAUAUAUAUUACAAACCUACACUUAUUUGUUGUGUAAGCACACCUGAAGAGAAUAACUGUUAUAAUUUUGCAUAUCUAUUCAAGUGGGCCAAACUAUGAAAAUACUUUUGUUUUAUAUGCAGGUUGUAGGCCAUCAUCUCACAUUCUGUGAGAUAAUAAAAAAGUUGCAGAGGCUUUGGUCAGUGUAAAAUGGUAAAUAAGUCAGAGAGUAAGCACAGCUGAUCAUUCGGAUACCGUCUCAUGUCCAGUUUAAACUCAGAACAU